AUGAAAAGUGAGUUCGAAAAUUUACCUGAGUUUCCGGAAGAUCACUUGUUUGUAGACAUGUCUACUGUAGAUGAAGACCCUGAAGCACAGUCAAAUCAUAGGGCAAAAAAGCCUAAAGUAAUUAGACCCAUUAAAAGAGAUCUAGAAAAUAUCCGGCUUGAAUGCUGUAGAAAUGUUGCUGGUUCAACUCCCAAUGACUAUGCAAAUAAAGAUUUUGCUGAUCGGCUAAUAAAGCUCUGUGAUUAUUUUUUACUUUGGACUGCUAUAGUUCCAACUCUAUUUUAUAAGGAUAAAAUUGAAGAUAUCGCAUCAAUUAUGACAGCAAGCUCGGCUAUUAGCGAAGAAUAUUUCAAAGACGUUAAGAAGCAUGUAUUUGUUAAUAAAAAACAUAACCCUCUUGUUGCUUUCCUGAAAACUCAUCUGAAUGUUUUGAGUGGCACCAUGAAAUUACUUGCUGCGAUGUCUAACAAGUACUCUAAAGCUGAUUCGGAUAAAAGUGAUACGACUGUGAGUGAUGAAGACAUUGAAACAAUAAGCGGAAUUUCUAAAACCUUGGAAGACGUUGAGGAAGAACAAAGUGAAUAUCACGAAACUUCAGCUAGUUUAGAAUGUGAGCGUCGUGAAAUAAACACUGAGAGUACUAUUUCCGAUGAUACCAAUAACAACUAUACAGUAAAUGAUUCUACACUUAUCUCCGCAAUAAAUCCAAUUGACUUAUCACUUCCAAAAAUAACAAACAGUCUUCUCAAUGAUUUAAGCAGCAUAAUAAAAAUAGAAAAAAUCGAAGAUUUCAACAUUGGUAACAGUGAUUUAGAAAUGAGUGUUGCUGAUUUGUGUACAACACAUUAUGAAAAUGAUGAUAAUGAAACUAAUUUAGAUGAACCGAAACAGAAUAAAUAA